CCCGAGUGCCCCGCCCCUCCCUUUCUUCCUGGACCGCGCCGCGUCUCCUCCUCGGACCCGGAGCCGGGCUCUGGGCUUCACUCCCGGGGCUGGGUCAGGGGCCGGGGCAGGAUGUGUGCUGCGUGCCAGCCUCUUUCCUCCAUGCCACGCGGCCCGGGCUGGCUUAGCCAACUCCCUGGUCCUGUUCCUAACCCACAGUGGGGAAACUGAGGCUCGUGGGGAGCAGGCCGUCCUCCUUACCAGCCACACCAUGGCCGAGCCACUGAAAGAGGAAGACGGCGAUGAUGGUUCCGGAGAACCUCCUGGGCCGGCUAAGGCCGAACCCGUGCACACCGCGGCCUCCGUCGCAGCCAAGAACCUGGCCCUGCUCAAAGCCCGCUCCUUCGAUGUCACCUUUGACGUGGGGGACGAGUACGAGAUCAUCGAGACCAUAGGCAACGGAGCCUACGGGGUGGUGUCCUCGGCGCGCCGCCGCCUCACGGGCCAGCAGGUGGCCAUAAAGAAGAUCCCCAAUGCUUUUGAUGUGGUGACCAAUGCCAAACGGACCCUCAGGGAACUGAAGAUCCUUAAACACUUCAAGCACGACAAUAUCAUCGCCAUUAAGGACAUCCUGAGGCCCACUGUGCCAUAUGGAGAGUUCAAAUCUGUCUAUGUGGUCCUGGACCUCAUGGAGAGCGACUUGCACCAGAUCAUCCACUCCUCACAGCCGCUCACGUUGGAGCACGUGCGGUACUUCCUGUACCAGCUGCUGCGGGGCCUCAAGUACAUGCACUCUGCUCAGGUCAUCCACCGGGACCUCAAGCCUUCCAACCUGUUGGUAAAUGAGAACUGUGAGCUCAAGAUCGGUGACUUUGGUAUGGCCCGGGGCCUGUGUACCUCCCCUGCCGAGCACCAGUACUUCAUGACCGAAUAUGUGGCCACUCGCUGGUACCGUGCCCCUGAACUCAUGCUCUCCUUGCACGAGUACACACAGGCGAUCGACCUCUGGUCUGUGGGCUGCAUCUUUGGUGAGAUGCUGGCCCGUCGCCAGCUCUUCCCAGGCAAAAACUAUGUGCACCAGCUACAGCUGAUCAUGAUGAUACUGGGCACCCCGUCACCAGCUGUGAUUCAGGCUGUAGGGGCCGAGAGGGUGCGGGCCUAUAUCCAGAGCCUGCCACCACGCCAGCCUGUGCCUUGGGAGACGGUGUACCCAGGUGCUGACCGUCAGGCCCUCUCACUGCUUGGCCGCAUGCUGCGUUUUGAACCCAGUGCCCGCAUCUCCGCAGCUGCUGCCCUUCGCCACCCUUUCUUGGCCAAGUACCAUGACCCUGAUGAUGAGCCCGAUUGCGCCCCACCUUUUGACUUUGCUUUUGACCGGGAGGCGCUCACCCGGGAGCGCAUUAAAGAGGCCAUCGUGGCUGAGAUCGAGGACUUCCACGUGCGACGCGAGGGCAUCCGCCAACAGAUCCGCUUUCAGCCUUCCCUGCAGCCUGUAGCCAGCGAGCCUGUCUGUCCAGACGUCGAGAUGCCCAGUCCCUGGGCUCCCAGUGGUGACUGUGUCAUGGAGUCACCCCCUCCAGCCCCUCCACAGUGCUCUGGCUCGAUGCCUGACACCGUGGAUCUGACCCUGCAGCCACUCCCGCCUGUCAGUGAGCCUGCUCCACCGAAGAGAGAGGGGGCCAUCUCCGACAAUACCAAGGCAGCCCUCAAAGCUGCCCUGCUCAAGUCAUUGCGGAGCCGGCUCAGAGAUGGCCCCAGUGCACCUUUGGAGGCUCCUGAGCCUCGAAAGCCCGUGACAGCCCAGGAACGUCAGAGAGAGCGGGAAGAGAAGCGGCGGAGGAGGCAGGAGCGAGCCAAGGAGCGGGAGAAGCGAAGACAAGAACGGGAGCGCAAAGAGAGGGGAGCCGGUGCCUUGGGGGGCCCCUCUACUGACCCAUUGGCUGGAUUGGUGCUUAGUGAUAAUGACCGAAGCCUCCUGGAGCGGUGGACUCGGAUGGCUCAGCCUCCUGCCCCGGCCCCGGCCCCGGCCUCAACACCAUCCCCAGCCCGGCCUACUAGUCCUCCUCCUGGCCCUGUCGCUCAGUCCACUGGCUCCCCUCUGCAACCUGCAGCCUCUACCCCUGCUCCUGCCCCCCAGCCUGCUUGCCCACCCCCUGGCCCUGCCCCCCAGCCUGCUUGCCCACCCCCUGGCCCUGCCCCCCAGCCUGCUUGCCCACCCCCUGGCCCUGCUCCCCACCCUGCUGGCCCUCCUGGACCUGUCCCUGUCGCUGCUGCACUCCAGACUGCCUCCUCCACUAGCCUUCUGCCCCCCCAGUCACUUGUGCCACCUCCUGGGUUGCCUGGCCCUAGUGCUCCAGGAGUCCUGCCUUACUUUCCAUCUGGCCCACUGCCUCCAGAUCCUGGGGGAGCCCCUCGGCCUUCUACAUCAGAGUCACCUGAUGUCAACCUGGUGACCCAGCAGCUGUCCAAGUCUCAGGUGGAGGAUCCUCUGCCGCCCGUGUUCUCAGGCACACCAAAGGGCAGUGGGGCCGGCUAUGGCGUUGGCUUUGACCUAGAGGAAUUCUUAAACCAGUCUUUCGACAUGGGUGUAGCUGACGGGCCACAGGAUGGUCAGGCAGACUCAGCCUCACUCUCAGCCUCGCUCCUUGCCGACUGGCUUGAAGGCCAUGGCAUGAACCCUGCUGACAUCGAGUCUCUGCAGCGUGAGAUCCAGAUGGACUCCCCAAUGCUGCUGGCUGACCUGCCUGACCUCCAGGAGCCCUGAAGCCCAUAGCCUGUGCCUUGCUUCCAGGGCAGCAUUGCAGAGGACUGCAGCCCUGAGCCUGGCAGGUGAGACUCAGCUUGAGUCAUUCUGCAGGAUCAUCUCAGACCCACCCUUCAGCCUUAAGCAGCUACCUGAGCCACCACCGAGCCAUAACAGGAUGGGGAGACCCCAGUCCCCCUGAGCAAUCCUUUCCAGUAUUGUAUUUUUUUUAUUAUUAUUGUAAUGUUAUUACGCAGUUGUUGGACAUCAAAAUGAGGCCUGUGAAAUACAAGGUUUCCUCUUA